AUGGCUGCUAAUCAGUUCAAUUCUUCGCAUAUGUCAAACAUCUUGAAUGAAUUAAAUAUGGGGAACAUUAAUGUUUUAGAGAAUUUUGAGAGAGAAAAGAUAACACCAGAUAUUAUAGGAAAACUUUCAGCGCAAGAACUUGAAUCUUUGGGCAUAACGUGCAGAAGCCAGAUGAUGCUGUUGAGAACGCAUUGUAUUAAGUAUGGAUGCGAACCUCCAGGGAAAAUUUAUCAUGGGGCUGGCGCUCCUAAAUACGAUUUGCCCAAGAACGUAAUUGAAGAUCUAAUAGAGGAUGGAUUUUUAAUUAAGGACAUAGCACUCCUCCUGUCGGUGCCUGAAAGGACUGUAUACCGUCGCAUGGCUUUCUAUGGCAUAAGGAAGCAAGAAUUUACUAGUAUUAGCAAUCGGGAAUUAGACAGAGAACUUCUUAACGUCACUCAAGAAUUUCCAUACUGUGGUGAAAGUAUGAUUGCAAAAUUGUUAGCAGGGAAGGGUAUUGUGGUUCAAAGAUUUCGCUUACAGGAAAGCUUACAUCGAAUCGAUGAAAUUGGUAUUGCGGACAGAUCAAGGGGUCGACUACACAGAAGGAUAUACAAUGUGAAGGGUGCCAAUCACCUAUGGCACAUUGACACUAACCACAAAUUGGUUCGUUGGCAUAUGAUAAUCUUCGGAGCUAUAGAUGGAUUUAGUCGCUUACCUGUUGUGCUUACUUGCUCUGAUAACAAUAAAGCCAAUACACUACUGGAACAUUUCAAGGAUGCAGUUAACAAGUUUGGUUUGCCCAGUAGAGUGCGCUCUGACAAGGGAUUGGAAAAUGUGUUUAUUGCUGAUUAUAUGAUUGGUAAGAGAGGCUCUGGGCGUGGCAGUAUGAUAACUGGCAAGAGCACACAUAAUCAAAGAAUUGAGCGGCUAUGGAGAGACGUAUUCACUGGUGUGUUAUCUUAUUAUUACAAAAUGUUUUACUUCAUGGAAGAUGAAGGUAUUUUAGACCCACUUAAUGAUGUUCACAUUGCAGCUUUACACCACGUUUUUUUGGGAAAGAUUAAUGACAAGCUACAAUUGUGGAUGGAUGCCUGGUCCAACCACCGUAUGCGAACUACAGGUUCCAGUCCGCUCCGUUUGUGGCUUUCAAGUCAAAUGCAGAAUCCUGUAGGACUUUCAGUUGAGGAAAACGAUAUAGUUUUAUAUGGGGCUGAAGGGUUUUUAGAUGGUGCAGAGUCACGAAAUGGGGAAAGGCCAAUCUUGGUCCCACCAGAACUUAUACUAUGCAGAAAUUGCCAGGCUGAGUUGGAAAGAAACAUUCCAGUUGUAUGGACAUCUACCAACCAUGGCAUUGAUUGGUAUUUAAGAGCUGUAGAGAUAAUUGAAAACUUUGCAGAUAAUAGUUGAUGGUACUACCAUCAACUUUAUCUACAAAGCGUUCAAUUUAUAAGUGAGAACUAACAUGCAGUGUUGUAAAAUGUAAAUACUCGUUACAUAAGUAAUGCCUUACUAAUUACUAAUUAUUUUUUAGUAAUUGCUGCG